GGGAUUCACAAUUCAUUAUUUUGAAUCACAUGAUUGAUGAACAAUGAACAUUCUCAAAUAUCUGAAUGUGAUGACACUCCAAAGCAUUUGGCUUUUUUCUGUCUUUUUUAUUAAAAUUAAAAUUUCAUCAUUAAAAGUUUUCAACAACAUAUUCGUCUUUUCUAAUUUGAUGUCUUAUUGCUGAUUAAGUUAUGUGCUCUUUCUUCUUUCUUUUUGGUCAAGUUCUGUGAUUUUCUCUUCAGCCAUUUACAAACAUCAGCAUUAUUAUAAAAUGGCUAUAGGCUGUUUGAAGCCGAGAAGCUUUUUUCUUUUUAAGAGAGAAAAUUAUAUUACAGCAAAAAAAAGAAAAAUUUGGGUCUAAGAUCCGUAUUUCUUCUCCUUUUUAUUUAAUUUUUAUUUUUGUCAUCAGGUUUCUGGAAAGCACAUAUAUAUAUAUAUAUAUAUAUUAUAUGUAAAUACAAAAACACAUAGAUCUGUGUUUGUUGGGUUAUUCAAUUUUUCAAUUCUUCAUCAAGCUCACAUUUUUCUGCUAGUUUGCAUCUCCAUUUUGCUUAAAGCCGUAAAUGGGAGCGCUUAUUUCAAAUCUUGUUAUCUUUGGUAUAAAGGGAUAAUUUUUCCGUUUGGGUUUCAUAAAAAGUUUGGAUUUUCAGAGACAUUCACCGAACACAGACAAGCUUUUUCUUCUGGGUGCUACCGACAAGGUCUCUGUUUCUCCAAUUCUGGGUAGAAAUUGCUGUAUAUGGCUCCGGCAAGGAACGGGGCAGUGCUACCAAUUCUAGGCUUCCUGAUAUGUGCAGCUUUCAUCUAUUUCUCAUUUCGAGAUUUGUGGCUAUAUCACAAAGCGAAAACCGAGUUAGGGUUUGUGAAAAGGAACGGAACUCAAUUCGUGGUGGAUGGUAAGGCUUUGUAUGUAAAUGGGUGGAACUCGUAUUGGUUCAUGGACCAUGCAGUGAAUGAACACAGUAGAUACCGAGUGAGUGAAAUGCUUGAAGCUGGAGCCAAAAUGGGUCUCACUGUUUGUAGAACUUGGGCCUUCAAUGACGGUGGCUACAAUGCUCUCCAGAUCUCUCCUGGCCAUUUCGAUGAGCGAGUCUUCCAGGCCUUGGAUCAUGUAAUCGCAGAGGCAAGGAAGCAUGAUGUUAGAUUGCUUCUUAGCUUAGUGAACAACUUGCAAGCGUACGGAGGGAAGUCACAGUAUGUGAAAUGGGCGUGGCAAGAAGGUGUUGGCCUCAGCUCCUCCAAUGAUUCCUUCUUCUUUGACCCAUCUAUCCGCAAAUACUUCAAGAACUAUCUCACGGCUCUGCUCACCCGCAAGAACUCAGUGACUGGAAUAGAGUAUAGAAACGACCCUACGAUUUUCGCUUGGGAGUUGAUAAACGAGCCUAGAUGCUCAUCUGAUGUCUCUGGCGACACCCUCCAAGUCAGUCCUCCAUUUCACUUUUCACUUUUGAAUCGUUUUAGGUUGUUUCUUAUUCAGCAAAAUAUCAAUACGUUUCUUGCGGAAUCACAGGAAUGGAUAGACGAAAUGACAGGCUUCAUAAAGUCAAUUGAUGACAAGCAUCUCCUCACAGUUGGCCUGGAAGGCUUCUAUGGUCCCAAGAGCCCGAAACGCCUGACAGUUAAUCCAGAACAGUGGCCUUCUGAGCUUGGAACCGACUUUGUUCGAAACUCUAAUUCCUCAAACAUUGAUUUCGCAUCCGUUCAUAUCUACCCUGAUCACUGGUUUCAUGAUCAGAGCUUCGAAGAUAAGCUAAAGUUUGUGGUGAAAUGGAUGCAAUCUCACGUUGAAGAUGGGAUGAAGGAACUGAAGAAGCCAGUUCUGUUCACAGAGUUUGGGCUCUCGAACCUGAACAAGGACUACGAGCCAUCGCAGCGAGAACGGUUCUACAGAAUCAUCUUCGAUGUGGUUUACAAAUCAGCAAAGCGAAGGAAGUCAGGUGCAGGCACACUGGUGUGGCAGCUAUUCAUGGAAGGCAUGGAAGGUUUUAAUGAUGAAUUUGGGAUUGUUCCACAUGAACAAGAUUCCAUGUACAGAUUGAUGAUCGAGCAAUCUUGCAGAUUGGGUCGAGUCACAGGACGUCUUAAGGAACAUAAGUUGAAAAAACUUUGUUCUCACAGACAUUGAGAGAAUCAUAUGUACACUGUUUUUUUCUUAUACAGUGAAAUCUGAUUCUAAUUUUGGUAAACUCUCUAUAGAUUGAUGUAUUCUGGUUACCAAGUUCGAGAUAAUAGAGAAAUUCAUAUGAUAAA